ACCUUUUGUAGAGUAACCAUAUACCGCUCACUGUAAACUACGCAUGCAAGAAGAGCAGAGAAACAACAUAGGCCUAUAUAAAUAGUUCUGAAACACGACAUGUACAAUUCAUGUUUUACUGAAUAACUGAAUGGGCAGCUGAAAGUAAAAAAAGUGCGCACGCAACGCAAGUGUGAGGAAAAGCUUCAGGAAAAAAAAGCUGGUAGAAGGAAACGGAGGAUAAGAAUUUUCAGGAAGACCGCCCGGUGACCUGGUACUGAGGCUUUUUGAGGACGCACCUGUAGCUGUACAGAAGCGAGGUGAUGGAGGAAGAGGCGGCUUUUCGGAGUUGGCGAGGGGCGAGUUCUCUGCCCUGGUACAUAGCAGGCUCCCAGCUGCUGGGCGUGGCCAGCGUGGUCAUAACGGGCGUGUGGAUGGGCCACUUCCGUGGCGGCUACGCUUGGGACGGCUCCUCCCAGGAGUUUAACGUGCACCCUCUCUGCAUGGUGCUGGCCAUGAUCUUCCUCUAUGGAGACGCCAUUAUGGUGUACCGUGUGUUUCGAAAUGAGCCCAGACGCAGUGUGAAGGUUCUUCAUGGUGUGCUACACUUCCUAGUGCUUUUCAUAAGCAUUAUCGGGAUAGUGGCAGUGUUCCAGUACCAUGACGCUAACAACAUCCCUCAUAUGUACUCUCUGCACUCCUGGUGUGGAAUGCUCACUUUUGUCUUAUUUAUUGCACAGUGGCUACUAGGGUUUUGCUUCUUCCUGUUUCCGUGGACAACCACUUGGCUGCGGAGCCUCUACCUGCCUCUGCACGUGUUCUUCGGUCUGUCGCUGUUUGGCCUCGCCGUCGCCACCUGCCUGCUCGGCAUCAUGGAGAAGCUCCUUUUCGCCAUCUCAGACACCUACUCGGCGUAUGCUCCUGAGGGCAUUCUGGCCAACACUCUGGGCAUAAUGCUGCUGGCAUACGGAGUGCUCGUAGGGUACGUGGUGACCCGUGACGAAUUCAAACGCCCGCCUCACCCUGAAGAAGAGGCCUUGUCUGUGCACUUUAAGACCCUAACAGAGGGGGGUGCUGUUUCUCCUUGAUUGGUCCCUCUCCAUGUGGUUUUAAGGGGGGAGUAGAAGAACUGGUUUAGGAGAAUAUGUGACAGUAAGUUCCACAGUUUUUCUUUAGAGAGAUAAGAAGAGACAGUCAGACUUCCCAUGAUUUCUGUUACAGAGAAGGUGUCAGAUGCAUUUAUAAUAAUGCUGUUUUGUAAUGUCAUUGCCCACAAGGUCAUUCAACUUCAACUUAGUUUCCUCCAUAAAUACUCAUGUGGUCUACAGUGCACUCUUCCAGGAAAACCCAAUCACUAUAUCAAUAGGGUGCCUGGAGUCCACCACUGGCAUAGUUCAGGGGGUGGAAGACGUUCACAUUAAUUUGGGGAUUGGUGAUCACAUUACACCCUAAUCCUAAUCUGAUGAAAAAGCAUAAGAUAUCCAGAGUGUCUGACCCUAGGGCAGACUGGCCUUGUUUUGGCCAGAACAGCCAUAUCUGUUUAAGAGUUGGCUUCUACUUAUGGGCAUUAUUGUAACUCUAAAGGGGUUCAGUACUGCUUCACACUCUCCACUAAAGCUACAUCAACACUAUUCCGUUUUCUUUGAAUCAGAAACACUUUUGUUAAAUUUGCCGUUUUUGAGCUCCUGUAAUUGAGUGAUUUUAAAAUGCUGGAGGCCCUGUUUUCAUUGGAUACUCCGGCUUUGCUUUUUGAUGUGGACAGGGAAUUCCGCAAAAAUCUGAAAACAAUGACGUAGAAACUACUUACGGUACAAAAACAAUCCUGAUUGGACCAUGCUAGUGUGAUGUUUCCUGACUCUCCUUGACUCACUUUGACUUCUACUACUAGCAUGUCAGAGGUGAAUGCAACAUGGAGAACAAAAUACAAGCUUUACUGGCCUUGCUAUCUUUAGUAGCAGCUGUAAUGCAUUCAAGUUUUACAUCUUACAAUCGUCAGUUGCUUGAAUGGUCGUGUGAUUUGUGUGAACGGACAAGUCAUCUAUGCUUCAGGUGUCCAGUCCAGACAAUGUUCCAGAAUUGCAAACGUGAGUCUGGAUGGAGAUUGUUUUAGUUUCAAAAGAAAACUGGAAUAGUGUGGAUGUAGCCUCAGGCAAACUGUGGGCUUCACUGUGUAGGAGUAGGUGUUGGUUUACUCCUCCUGACCACUUGUCAUAUGUGUGAAAGGCACAAAACUGACCCAGGAUCAGCAGCUUCUUCCCUAAUUCCUGCUGUUUUCACCUGUAGAUGGCCUGUAGAUGUAGAGGGUUUGUCUAACCGUCAGCAACACAAAACACAAAAUAUUUUAGUUGUGCCAGAACGUAAUGUGCCUUUAUAAACUCCAGAAGUGCCAGAAUAUAUAUCUAUAACAUUUGCCAGACUAGAACUACCUGCCAAUACCAGUGUUUUCCAAAUAGUAAAUGGUUGUUUUUGUAAACUCCACAAAAUAGCCAGACCUUUGAUGUUAUCCUUUCACAAUCGAAAUAUUUCACAUUCCAUCCCACUGGUUCAGCUGGUUUCGGUUUACCAAAACAAACUCCAAACUUACGCCAAAACAUCUAAUGAUUUAAUAAUUAUAUGAACAAAUGAUUAAAGAAUGUACUGUAUAUAUUCUGCUGACUCUAGUGUUGUGUGUGUAACUAACAGUAAGAUUAAUUAGCUUUGGCACUGGUAAAGCUUUCUGCACUUUUCUUUGAAGCCAAGAGCCUGUGACUUGAAUAAUAUUGUUUGUUUUACGAAGGCCAGAGACAUUAGGUGCUCUCAAAUUCGUAUCCAUGUGCGUGGGGAAGGGA